UGUUUUUUUUCUUGCUUCAUUUUUUUUCUUUCCAACCGCUUUAUUCCUGUUUCCCCUUUAUCAUCUCCCUUUUUCUUUUCCUCUUUCCCGUUUAUAAUGCAGGUGUCGAGCUAGAUGCGAUGAAUAUUUUGUGUAGGCGUCCAAACUCAUUAUUUAUUCCUUUUUUUUCUCUCUUCUCUUCUUUCCUAAAACAUUUUUGCCUUGAUUUUCUUUUUCUUGUCUUCUGUUCUAUCCUCUUGCUCCUUAUUCUCAUGAUUGCACCUUUCUUUCCUCCACCCACCCCCCUUUGUUAUUCUGUUUAUUACCUCCCCCUUUUCUCGAUCUAUCCAGCUUGGUUGAUGCUGCUGUCCCAGGAGGCCGGUGGAACUCUUUCCGUUGCCUGGGUGGGAUUAGGUAGAGUGGUUCAUGUAGUUGUCAAAAGCGAUGUUAUUUAGACUCUUGUCUCCGGUUUGGUUGGUUGCCUCUUUGAGGGGCACAUUGUAGUCUCUGAGUAGGCCCUAGUCCUCUUACUCUGGGUGUGCACCUGACAUCUUAU